AUGACUUCUCGUAGAAUGGCUACUGCUGCUCAAGUACAACCCAAGACUCCAGUAGAUACCAAUGCUCCUGGCCCCAUGUUACGAUUCCAAAAUAAUCUUCCCAAAUUACCAGUGCCCGCUCUUCAAGGAACUUUACAAAAAUAUCUCAAAAGUGUCCGUCCUUUGUUGAGUGAUGAAGAUUACAAGAAAACUGAACAACUUGUCAAGGAUUUCGAAGCUCCUGGUGGUAUUGGACAAAAACUUCAAGAACGUCUUGUUGCUCAUGCAAAUAAUCCUGAAGUAGUCAACUGGUUGGAAGAUUGGUGGUUAGACCAAGCUUAUAUGGGAUAUCGUGACCCCGUGGUUAUUUACGUCAGUUACUUUUUCUACUAUAAGGAUGAUAAACUUCGCAAGUUACCUGCCACUCGUGCUGCUGCCAUGACCACUGCAGCUUUGGAAUUCAAACAACAAAUCGUCAAUCAAACUCUCGAACCUGAAUAUGCCAAGGGAGAACCUAUGUGUAUGGAUUCUUACAAGUAUAUGUUCAACAAUUGUCGUAUGCCCAAAAAACCUUCUGAUUAUGAAGCCAUUUAUGAUCCAUCCAAGCAUUCUCAUAUUAUUGCUAUGCGUAAAAACAAGUUUUAUGUGAUCGAUACUAUUCAUGAUGGACAACAACUCUCCACUAGCGAAUUGGAACAACAAUUUCAACGUGUGAUUGACUUGGCUGGCGAAGAAAAAGGAUCUGCUAUUGGUGCUUUGACAGCGGAGAAUCGUGAUAUUUGGACGGAUAGUCGGGAAUUACUAUUAGCAGCUCACCCCAACAACAAAAAUGCCUUAAAUCAAAUCGAAUCUUCUUCCUUUGUCGUUUGUUUGGAUGACAGCACUCCUGUGACUCGUGACGAAGCUGUUCGUGAAUGUUGGCAUGGUGACGGUCGUAACCGAUUCUAUGAUAAACCUCUUCAAUUCAUUGUUUUUGAUAAUGGCAAGGCUGGAUUCAUGGGUGAACAUUCUUGUAUGGAUGGUACUGCUACUUGUCGUUUGAAUGAAUAUGUUUGUGAAGGAUUGAAGAACAACACUGUUAACCAUGGUCCUGAAAAGAUUCGCAACAAUCUUCCUCAACCCACUGAACUUAAAUUCCAUUUGGAUAACAAAAGUGAAAAAGCCAUCCAAUCAGCUGAAUCUAAUUUUGAUAGUUUGAUUGCCAAGAAUGAAAUGACUGUAUUAGCUUAUCAAGGUUAUGGCAAGAAUUUGAUCAAGAAAUUUAAAUCUUCCCCUGAUGGUUUCACUCAAAUGAUUAUUCAAUUGGCCUAUUACAAGAUGUUUGGUGUGUCACGUCCUACUUAUGAAUCAGCUCAAACUCGAAAGUACCAACGUGGUCGUACUGAAACUGCCCGUAGUGUUACCACUGAAUCUGUUGCUUUUGUCAAAACUAUGGAAGAUCCUUAUGCUACCAAUGAAGAGAAGAUCGCAUCUUUCCGCAAGGCUUUGAAGGCUCAAGGUGCUUAUAUGGCUGAUUGUGUCAAUGGUCAUGGUGUAGAUCGUCAUUUGUUUGGUUUAAAAAAUUCUUUAAAGUCUAAUGAAGAUGCUUCUUUGUUCAAGGAUCCUGCUUAUGCUUACUCUUCUCAUUGGUAUCUCUCUACUUCUCAACUUUCCUCUGAAAACUUUGAUGGUUAUGGUUGGGGACCGGUCGUUAGUGAUGGUUUUGGUUGUGCUUAUAUGAUCAAGAACAAUGCUCUUCAAUUCAACAUUGCUAGUCUGAAGGAUUUGGAAGUCCAUGGAAAGAAAUUUAUCAAUGGUACUCAUCACUUUAAGCAAGCCCUCGAAGAUGCUGCCAAUGAUUUACGUGAUUUGAUGGAAACGGAAUUGAACGCUGAUGCCAAGUUGUAG